CGGUGUUAACGCACGCUAUGGCUCUUCUUUCUAGAGCCGUUUUGGCUGCUCAGCUGCGACGUGUUGUAGCUUGUUUGUAUACGAGCCCUCGUCGUUUGUUUGACGUUAAAGACGAAGACGACUUUAAGAAGCGUGUUCUCGAGUCAACUAAGCCUGUUGUUGUGGACUUCCAUGCAGACUGGUGUAAUCCUUGCCGAAUUUUGGGGCCACGACUUACUGAAUGUUUGCAAGACUACAAUGGAGCUAUUGAGCUUGCCAAAGUAAACGUUGAUGAUCUACCUGACCUGGCUAUGGAGUAUGGGGCAUCUUCUAUUCCUUUGGUGAUUGGAAUGCGUGAUGGGAAAGUUGUGGAUCAGUUUGUCGGAGCUCAAGAUGUUGUGAAAAUUAAAGAAUUUUUGUCUAAAGUUGAAAAAUAACAGACUAACAUUUUGACAAUAAAACAGCAGACCGUUAAAU